UUCUGAUCCCGGUCCGGUGCUGAUCCCUUGCAUGUUGCUGCAGACUGGGAAGCAGUUCUUUUAUCGUUCAGGCGCCCUCCCACCGCUUCCUCCGACGGUGUUUCCGACUGUACGCGGUCAGAUGUUUCGCGAGCGCUCCGGCUAUUUUGGCGGAGCUCCGUCACGGGAUCGGAUAUAAGGAUGGCCAAAUAAUUGAUGGCUCAAUUUUCUCCAAAAAUGCUCCGCGUUCUGACUCGACCGCUUUCUUGUGCAUUUUCCUCUUCCUCUUCCCAUCUACGUCUCCGUCUUAGGACAAUGGCCACCGCAAACACACCUGCUUUCAACAAGCCCCUCUACGCGCCGUUGGCUGAGAUUGACCCUGAGGUCAAGAACAUCAUCGAUAAGGAGACAUGGCGGCAGUUCACUGGUUUGGAGCUCAUCGCGUCCGAGAACUUGACCAGCUUGGCCGCGAUGGAGGCAAACGGAUCCAUCCUCACGAACAAGUACUCAGAGGGUCUUCCGCACGCCCGCUACUACGGCGGGAACGAGUACAUUGAUGAGCUCGAGAUUCUUUGCCGCAAACGUGCGCUCGCUGCCUUCAAUUUGGACCCUGCAAAAUGGGGUGUUAACGUGCAGCCCUACUCUGGAAGCACUGCCAAUUUUGCUGCCUUGACUGCGUUGAUCCAGCCCCAGGAUCGUCUCAUGGGUCUCGGGCUCCCCGACGGCGGUCAUCUCACGCAUGGUUAUUACACGGCGAAGAAGAAGAUGACCGCGUCGUCCAUCUACUUCCAAUCUCUUCCAUACAGCAUCACCAAGGACAGCAACCUUAUUGACUACGAGAAGCUCGCGAACCAGGCAAAGACCUUCCGUCCCAAGCUCAUCAUCUGCGGUGCUUCUGCCUACCCUCGUGACUGGGAUUAUGCUACCUUGAAGAAGAUCGCGGAGAAAGAGGGCGCAUACCUGAUGGCGGACAUUGCGCACACCAGCGGACUCAUCGCUGCCCAAACCCUCCGUAGCCCCUUUGAAUACUGCGACGUUGUCACGACCACGACACACAAGACGCUCCGCGGACCUCGCGCCGGUCUGAUCUUCUUCCGCAAGGACUUGGAGUCCAGCCCCGAUCUCGAGAAGCGCGUCAACGAUGCCGUCUUUCCGGCUUGCCAGGGUGGCCCGCACAACAACACCAUCGCCGCGAUUGCCACCGCCCUGCUGCAAGUUGCCCAGCCAUCCUUCCGUGAAUACGCGAAACAGGUCAUCUCGAACGCGCAGACUCUUGGAGAGGAGCUGGUGAAGCACGGAUACAAGCUCCAGACCGGAGGCACCGACAACCACCUCGUUCUCUGGGAUCUGCGACCCCUCGGUCUCACAGGCAGCAAGGUCGAGAAGGUCUGCGACCUCAUGGGCAUCACGAUCAACAAAAACGCCGUGUCUGGUGACGCCUCUGCUCAGGUCCCUGGUGGAAUCCGUCUUGGAACGUCCGCCAUCACGUCCCGAAACAUGCUCGAAUCCGACGUCAAGGUCGUUGCCGACUUCUUGCACCGUGCCGUUCAGCUGUCUCUCCUUCUGCAGAAGGAGGCCGGCACCAAGAUGCUGAAGGACUUCGUCCGCGUCGCGACGGUGCAGGAGGAGGGCAAGGUUGGGUACACGAAGGUCCGCGAGCUCCGUGACGAGGUCCGCACUUUCGCUACGCAGUGGCCUCUGCCUGGUGUCGAUGUUUCUGGGCUGUCCAAGCCCACUGGCUUCGAGGAUCUCUGAUCCUGAGCGUGACUUGUGGCCCCGGCGAAUGGGCGCACCAAAAUGAGAAGAUUCAACAUCCUUGGUUGGAAUGCAUCGGACAUUCAACAUAGUCUGUACCAUGAUGUACCUGUAUCACUAUCACUGGCCGAGAAUUGGCUGUUAGGAAGAAUUCUGAACCCGAGAAGUCCAGCACGGCACUGAAUCCUAUUAACCCAA